GUCCCGCCGUCCUCCGAGUCCAGAGGUCGCUGCGACCCGCGAAAUCUGUACAGCUGUACCACCAUUCUACCCUACCUUCUCUCCGGAAACCUCAGAUAUGGACCGACCCUCAUCGCCGCACCCAGCCACACCUCUUCCACCCAUUCACGCGGACAUGUCACCAGAAGAACUGCCUGCGCGCUGUGAAAGCAGAAUGUCUCAGCGUCCACAGCUGCGACGCACCUCCGCCACUUACCGGCUCCCAAAAUUCCGCGACUUCGAUAACGACGACGACGAAGACGACUAUGACGACGACGACGACCCUAUAUUCUCCUCGGCCCGCCGCGCUGCGCCCUUCACGCCGCAGACCUUCUACGACCCGGACGAGGAUGACGACGAAGACUUUGGCGAGCUCAUCCGCUUCAGGCUGGACGACACGGACAUGGACGCGCCCGACGCCGAGCCCUUCCCCCCGCACUCCCUCGCGCCCCUCCUCCUCCCGCAAGCUGCAGGCCCCUCCAUCUCUGACGACGACUUCUUCAGCAACGAUACGCCCCCAGUCUACCACGGCUUCUCCUACCAUGCGCUCGCCCUCGUCAAGCGCGUCUGGAACUCCCGGCGCGCGCAACUGUCCCACCACCGGCCCGUCCACCCAAACUCAGGCAGCCCCGACCCGUCCACCGCGUACGACGGCAUCGCGGUCGCCCCGUCCGAGCCUGACUACCCCCUGCCAGAGGACUACGCCCCGCCCGCGGCGGCGACGCCCCCGCCGGAGUCGCGGAUCGCGGUGUCGGACCCGGACGUGCCGAUCUACCCGCGGCUCGGGGACAUGAGCAGCAUCCGCGACGGGCGGGGCGCGUCCGUCGACCGCGCGUUCUGCAACUUCCCCCUGUACACGAUCCGGAAGGUGCUGUACCUCCACGACAUGCUCGGCCGUGCCGCGGACUGCGCGUCCUCGGGCGACGUCGAACCGUCGUCCGCGCUGGAGAGGGUCGCGCGCGCGCGGGUGGACGAGGAGACGGUCGGGGUGCUGUGCGACCAGUUCGAGCGGGCGAUGGUGCUGGACGUGUCGUUCCCUGUGAGCGCGAAGGGCUGGUCGCCCGUGUCCUUCGCGCGGUGGCGGAUCCUCCUGGAGAAGGCGACGGGGAAGCAGGCGCCGCUCGGAAGGCCGGAGGGGGGCGACGUCUUGAGCGGGGAGGCUGGAGAUCGGACGCGGCGGUUCGAGCGGGCGCCGCAGCGGCCGAAGACGCCGCAGUUCUUCCUGCUGGACGACGACGACGACGACGAAGACGAAGACGAAGACGCGCUGGGGCCAGAGCGAUGUCGCGCACGAGACAGCGACGACGAGAGCGACGAGGACGGGUGGGACGAGAUCAACCUGGAGAACAGCCCCGGGCGGCGGGCGGUGUCCGCGCCGGUGUUCUUCCUUGACAGACGGGCGAUGCCAAUGUCGAUGGGGCACCACGGCAUCAUGGCGCAUUAGCUGCGAGCCGCGCUGUUGCGGGCGACGUCGACCCGGGCGGGCACUGCGGUGACGACGAUACGUACGAUACGAGUGUAGAUGAACCGAGACGAUUGUGACGACUGUGACCACUCCCUACAUCUAGCGCAUGUAGUGAUACGAUCCAUGAUGAUAGCGCAUACUACGUGUAGCAUACCCUUGUUAUAGUUAUCUUUAUUCCGCUUCCUUUGA